AUGACUCGUCCAGUGAAGACUCUCUCUGAGUCUAUUGACGUCACAUUUACCUCUGGGUCUACACCUCCCACAGUCUUCAACAAUAAUGAGUUGAUCAGGAUUGUGAUGGUGGGGAAGACUGGAGCUGGGAAAAGCGCCACAGGAAACACCAUUCUGGGACCAAAGUGCUUUAAAUCUGAGUUCUCCCCUCAAUCUUUGACUACAGACUGUGAUAAGGCCUUUGGUGAAGUGGAUGGACAAAAGGUUGCUGUUAUCGACACUCCAGGCCUGUUUGACACCAAGACCACUGAAGAGGACACCGUUCAAGAUAUUUCCCAGUGCAUUUCUUAUGCUUCUCCUGGACCUCAUAUCUUCCUGAUCAUCGUCAAACUGGGCACAUUCACAGAAGAAGAAAAGCAAACAGUGCAGAAGAUUCAGAAAAUAUUUGGUGAGGAAGCCUACAAAUACAGCAUGGUUCUCUUUACCCAUGGUGACCGGCUCAAAGGGAAAUCUAUCGAGGAGUUCUUGAAGGACAACAAAGAUCUGCAGGAACUUGUGGCCAAAUGUAACGGCCAGUACCAAGUGUUCAAUAAUGAGGUGGAGGAUCAUUCUCAGGUCAGCGAGCUGCUUGAGAAGAUCAGAAAAAUAAAUGUGCAGAAUGGAGGAACCUACUACACCACUGACAUGUUCAAAGAGGCAGAGAGAGUGAUUGAAGAGGAGAAACAACGACUCCUGAAAGAGAGAGAAGAGCAAAACCGCAAAAAGGAGGAGGACCUGAGGAAGAAAAUAGAGGAAAAGUAUGAGCGACUGAUGAGGGAGGAGAAGGCUGACAUAGAGAGGGAGAAUGAGUUGAGGGAUGCUCGUGAAAGAGAAAUGAGCGAGGAAAUAAAAAAACUGAGGGAGGAAAUAGAAAAACUGAAAAAAGAAAAGGAAGAGCAGGCCAGACAAAAAGCAGAGAAAAGCAAAAAAGUAACGUAUCGAAUCGGUGUCCAAGUUGAAUAA